AUGGAUGAUGAUGAUGAUGAUGUUACCGUUUGUAGUGACGAUUUUAAUAUGGAUGACGAUGGUUUGGAUGGUAGUCAAACUAUAUUAAAGGAUUUUGAUGAAGAAAUCAUUGGUCAUCAGAUCAUUAUUGAUGAUAGAAGCCAGCCAAUUCAGAGUUCUGAAAAUAAUUCACAAACAACCUUCUACGAAAGCUCACAGUGUACCGCUGAUAAUAUAACUAAAACUAAUUCAGACACUGUAAAAACUGCUGAAACUGAUCAAACAGUACAUAAAAACUUAAUAAUUCAGGAUAGAAAUGAGCCUAAAGAUAUUACUACAAAUGUGCUAGGUGAAUUAAUAGACAAAUUGCAUGAGGAAGAAAAAUAUCCAACGUUUUUGGAAGAAUUAUUAGAAACUGUAGACGUGACAUUGCAACUAGUUUUUGAGGGAGUGAGCAGUGAAGAAGACGAGUUUCUGAAAAAAGACGAGAGAAUCCAAAGGAUUUUGCUACUAAACAAAUCUGUGCACAUUCAGAUACAUACAAUUGAAAAAAUAACGAAUAUACUAGAAAAAUUCCAUGCAAAUAUUAUAGAGACAGACUCAAUUUACGAACUACAAAACAUCGACGAGAUAGAAAAUGUUUCAUAUAUCUUCCACAUACUAGAAAUUGUAUUAAAAAAAUAUUUAAAAAAUAGACAAAACGAUACUCAGUCUACGACACAAAAUUCGCAGGAAAUUUUGAAAAAAAGUAGCAUCACCGACAUUUGGCGGAAAAAAUGGAAUCCGAGUCAGAAAAAAAUUGAGGGUAGUCGUGAAAAGAAGUGUGUUUUAAAAGUGCUUAGUAAUGUUCUGAACAAAAUUGUAGUCGACUGCGUGACUUGUUACAGCUUGGUCGCCUAUUCAGCGCUCAAAUGUUUCAACUUGAUGCAAAAAUAAUAAAAAAUCUGCAUUUAUUGUUUACUUUUUUAUUCAAACUAUGUUAUUAGUUGUCUAAUGUGCGUUAUCGCCAAUACUCCUAAACUGACACUUAACUAAUAAUAAAUAAUAAUAUUAUUAGCAUAAAACGUAAGUAUAACAUAAUAUAAGACUAACUUAAUCUGAGGCAGCACUCAAACUUAACCCUUACUUGUAUUGGUUUAUCGAAAUAACAAUCACCUAUCUUAGGUAAGGAAUCCUUUAAAUUUAGGAGGUUUGUGAAUACAGGCAUAAAUUUCUUGCUCAUUCUUCUACAUAGGAAUCUAUACUUUGAAACAAGCAAAUAGAUUCACUAGAGGACUGACCGGCAGACUAAACACUUAUUAUUUAUUUCAGUAGCAGCCAGUCCUAAAUGUCCUAAAUGGUGUCCAGUAUACUGUGUAGUCACCGACUCAUAACAUAACUGCUGGUUGUAACAUAAUGUAUAUUAUGUAAGUCUAAUG